AUGUCGCUGCGGGUGCGCCUCGCCAUCGUGGCCCUUGCACUUUUCCUGUGCCUUGUGCACAAUGCGGUAGUGGUCGAGGGGUUCAACAUGACGCUGCUGCACACACAAGACACCUACGGCUCCGUGGUGGCCGUCACAAAGCUGAACGCGGCCUGCGCCCCCUUUACCAACGGCUCCUACCCGCCCAAGUGCUUUGGAGGCCUGGGCCGCCGCAUGUCCUACAUCGACGCCGCGCGCAGCGCCCACACAAACGUCCUCCUCGUCGACGGCGGCAACUUCCUCACCGACUCGCCGUUCGAGGCGGCCGGUGGCGCGGAGGCUCUCGGUCAGUUCUACACCACCUUGGGGUACAGCAUCCUCAAGUUGGGGGACCACGACGUGGCCGACCCCGUCAAGCUGGGCAAGUUCCUGGGUGCCGUGGACAAUGUCACGAUCGUGGCGUCGAAUCUCAUCAACACCCGCAACGACUCGCACCUGGGCAACUACACGAUCGACACCUAUGCCAUCCACACCUUUGCCGGCGGCGAAAGGGUGGGCUUCUGCGGAGGUGUGAGCAAGUCCAUUCGGGUCAAGAUCACUACAGAUACAGUCGUGGACUCUAUAAACGAGGUGCAGGCACUCAAGGCCGCUGUCGGCAAACUGACCAACCUCGGCGUCAACAAGAUCAUCGCGACCAUCUACGACGAGACGCUCAUUGGCACCGUCAUCAACGAGGUAGUGGGCAUCGAUGUGCUCAUCGUUCACGGUGAAUUGUACAUUACCAGCCCCACCGUUUCUAUGAACGACGAGAUCUUUGGCGUUCACCCGACGAUCUACAAUGUGGAUUGGGGCCAACCGGUGCUGGUAGUGGGCUCGGGAUCGUUCGGCAAGUACAUCAGCCAGCUCGACCUCGAGUUCGACCAGUACGGAGUCAUCACGGCCUGGGGCGGUGACGCGCAUAUCCUCACGUCGAGCUACCCCGAAGCUGCCUCCGUGGAGGACGACGUGGUGAACUACUACACGGAUGUGGUGGCGGCCCUGUACACGACGCAAGUCGGCACGGCGGGCGCCGACAUCAGCUACGAUGGGAGUUGCAACAUAACCGAGUGCGCGAUCGGCAGCUGGCAGGCCGACCAGCUGCGCCGGGCGACCAACACCUCGAUCGGCAUGAUCAACAGCGGCAGCGUUGGCGGUGGCUGGGCCGAGGGACCCAUUAUGGCCAUCGACGUGCAGACGGUGGUCAAGUACGGCCAGGACUUUGUCUACACCAUGUCCGUCACCGGCGCCGAACUCCUCGAAGCGCUCGAGAACUCCGUGUCCCUGAUCAACACCGGACGAUUCGUUCAGAUUUCUGGUCUCAAGUUCUCCUGGAACAGCAACCAAGAUGUCGGUUGGCGCGUGGUGAACGCUUGGAGUAUCGACUCUGAGGGCCGGGCCGAGCUGAUCAACAACAACACGCGCUACUCGCUCUCCAUGCUGGACUUCAUGGCCAAGGGCGGCGACGGCUACACCAUCUUCUCCACCAACGGCUCCAACGUGCUCAAUUUCGGCUACACGCUCAAUCAGGUGAUCCUCCAACAUCUGGGGGCCGAAAUCGCUAUGCCUGGCAUCGCGCCCAGGAUUGUGAGCAGCUCUGCCGUGAAGCGCAACUGCCUUGCCGCGGACGGCUCCCUGUGCAACAGCAACGGCCUGUGCGUCUCAGGCGCCUGCCAAUGCGACCCAGGCACCGCCGGCGCGCAUUGCAGCCCGGUCAGCUCCUCCAGCUCGAGCGACAACACGACCGCGAUCGUGUUGGGCGUGGUGCUGCCUCUCGUCUUUCUCCUGCUCAUUUUGGCCAUCAUCUGCGCCCUCCUCCUGUGGGGCUACAUGAAGUACAAGCAGCCCAAGCUGGAGCCCAACUUCCAGGUGUUGGUGUGGCGCCGGGAAUCGAUGGAGGACAAGGCCAUCAUGGCCAAGAAGAUCAACGUCAAGGUGGGUGCCGUGCUCGAGAAGUUCCUGCUGGACAAGCACGUGGUCAAGGCCCUCAGCGGGGUGAUCCACGUCAAGCGCACCUACAUCGACGAGGUGUCGGCCGCGCUGAUGCUGGUGCACCAGUCGUCCAACAAGGGCACCAAGCUCAUCAAGACCCUGCUCAAGCACGAGCUCCUCUCCGAGGACGAGAAGGUGCUGUUCCGCGAGGAGACGCUGGGCGUCAAGGCCUUCUCCGUGUUCAGCCGCAUGGUCGGCCUGCCCUACCUCUGGUCGGUGUUUGCCUACCCCAUCGCCGAGCUCGAGAUGGCCAACAACUCAGACGAUAUGGCCUCGCCGCGGCUUAAGUCCAACGUCUCUGACAACGACGCCGUCCCCCUGCAGAGCAUUUUUUCCAUCACCAACACCAUCGAGAUCAACCCGAAGAAUAUGGAGGAGGGCCAGGAUGACUCGAUCGGGCGGCUGCAGCUGGAGCUCAUCCUGCAGAAGCUGCUCUCACGCAUCACCGACUCCCUGCCCCACUUCCCGCUGUACCUGCGGCAGCUGUGCCACAUGCUCUACGAGGACAUGCGCUAUGACCACCCGGACUACAUCCACCGCGUGCUGGGCAACCUCAUCUUCCUCCGCUUCAUCUGUCCGUCGCUGCUGGUGCCCCAGAACUACGGCCUGGUCAAGGAGCACACCCACGCCAAGACGCACCGGACGCUGAUCCUGAUCGCCAAGGUGCUGCAAAACCUGGCCAACAAGAACGACUUCAGCGGCAAGGAGGAGUUCAUGGAGUCCAUGAACGGCUUCAUCCACCGCAACAUCACCAAGUUGGAGGCAUUCUUCAAUCACUUGUGUGAGCCGACGGAUGAGCCCAAGUUCGGAGACCCGCCAACGUCGAUCGUGCCGCGACAGUUCAAGAAGAAGGCAAUGUUGGUCAUGCACCAGUUUGUCCAAUCGCACGCCAAGGAGAUCCACGACGAGCUCAACGAGUUCCCCAGCUAUGAAGUCAAGAGCGCGCUGGAGCAACUCAAGUACCUCGCGCAAGAGGUGGACACACUUAAUGAGGACGAGGACGACGAUGAUGACAGCAGCACGAGUGAUCAGGACGAGCUCGACAGGGCCGACGAGACGGCGCUCACGCCCCGACCACAGGCCUAG